AUGCAAGCAAAGAAGCGCUACAUUCUAGUGAUAAUCUGUUGCGCUUUCCUGGCGUACUGCUACCUGGGAGGUUAUCGUCUGAAAGGAUUGCAAACACUGUUCCGAAUGCGGGUUCGUAAAAAUCCGGACAAUCUACCAUGCUAUCACCAGCUACACUACCAGUACACCGAUAGCACGGAGUCAACCGACCAUACGCAAUCGCUACCGGACGAUGAUUGGUUUGCUGCUCCGGCGUACGAAUCGCGAUCUCGCGACCUAGCCCCGCAACCGUCUUUCCAAGGAGGUGCAGUUCGAAGAGUGACUGAGGAAGGAAGUGCAACGUUCAAAUCAUGUCGCAUGGAAUCCUGCUUCGAUUUUAGCAAAUGUAGCGAUAAGAACUUUUACGUUUACGUGUACCCACCGGAGCCAUUGAAUUCGCUUGGAGCUCCCCCGCCAAUUAGUCAGAACUAUCAAAAAAUCAUUUCGGCUAUCCAAGAAAGCCGCUACUACACGACCGACCCCGAGCAAGCUUGUUUGUUCGUGCUCGGUAUCGAUACGCUCGAUCGAGAUUCGUUGAGUGAGGAUUUUGUGCGCAAUGUACCAUCUCGCCUGCAACGAUUGCCUCACUGGAACAAUGGGCGAAAUCAUAUCAUAUUUAAUCUAUACUCUGGCACUUGGCCCGACUACAACGAGAAUGGGCUCGGAUUUGAUCCGGGUCAAGCGAUCCUUGCCAAAGCGAGCAUGAGCGUCCAGUCGUUGCGGCCUGGUUUCGAUGUUAGCAUUCCGUUGUUUCACAAACAGUUUCCAUUACGCGGUGGUAAUACUGGUUUCGUGGUCAGCAACAACUUUCCGGCCAACAAAAAGUAUCUGUUAGCCUUUAAAGGAAAAAGGUAUGUCCAUGGUAUUGGUUCUGAGACUCGAAAUUCAUUGUUCCAUUUGCACAAUGCCCGAGAUUUUGUAUUGGUUACAACAUGUAAACAUGGAAAAAGCUGGCGAGAUCUACAAGAUGCUCGAUGUGAUGAAGAUAAUCGGGAAUAUGAUAGAUAUGACUACGAAACUUUGUUACAAAAUUCAACAUUUUGUCUUGUACCUAGAGGGCGUCGAUUAGGAUCAUUUAGGUUUCUUGAAGUGCUACAAGCGGGCUGCAUACCAGUGUUGCUUUCAAAUUCAUGGGUAUUACCUUUUCAGUCAAAAAUUGACUGGAAACAGGCAGCUAUUUGGGCAGAUGAAAGACUGUUGCUGCAAGUUCCGGAUAUCGUACGGUCCGUCUCUACAAGCCGUAUAUUAGCUUUACGUCAGCAAACACAAGUGCUUUGGGAGCGUUAUUUUAGUUCUAUCGAGAAAAUAAUUUUUACAACAUUUGAGAUUAUCCGUGAGAGACUACCAGACUAUCCCCAUCGGAACGGACUGAUUUGGAAUAUGUCCCCGGGUGCUCUGUUGACGAUUCCAACCUUUUCCGAUACUCAUCGUCGAUUUCCGUUCCUGCUGGAUAAACUUGGCCAUACGCCUGGACUGAAUUAUACCGCCGUUAUAUUUGUACAGAUCGGUUCACAGCUUACACCAAACACGGCUUUAUACAAGCUAGUCAAAAGUAUUACCAAAAGCCAAUACAUAGAUAAGAUUAUAAUUCUGUGGGCAACCGAUAGAUCCGUACCGCCGAAGAAACGUUGGCCAUCGACAGGCCACAUUCCACUGCACAUCAUAUCGGGCAGCACGAACGAAGAUCGGCCAAGCAUAUCCCAAAGAUUCUAUCCCCACGAACAGAUCGAGACUGACGCCGUUUUGUCACUGGACGAGGACGCUAUAUUGAACACUGACGAGCUAGACUUUGCUUAUCAGGUGUGGCGCGAUUUCCCAGAUCGAAUAGUUGGCUAUCCGGCAAGGGCGCAUUUCUGGGAUGAUUCCAAGAACGCAUGGGGCUAUACAUCCAAAUGGACAAACUAUUACUCUAUUGUACUAACUGGUGCCGCGUUUUACCAUCGAUACUACAACUAUCUAUAUACGAACUGGCUAUCAUACCUUCUGUUAAAAACAGUACAACAAUCGUCCAACUGUGAAGACAUUCUCAUGAAUCUUCUUGUUUCGCAUGUUACACGCAAACCUCCAAUUAAAGUAACACAAAGAAAAGGCUACAAAGAUCGAGAGAGCGGGAGAUCGCCAUGGAACGAUCCUGAUCAUUUCAUACAAAGACAAAGCUGUCUGAAUACUUUUGCUGCAGUUUUUGGUUACAUGCCUUUGCUUAGAUCGAACCUGCGACUAGACCCAGUACUGUACCGAGAUUCGGUAUCAAAUUUAAGGAAAAAAUAUAGACAAAUAGAAUUAGUUGGUAGCUAG